UUGUCUAAGGUUAGUAUCAGUAUAUUCUGUGAUUUUGAUAUUGGAGACUUUGUACUUUGACCUUUUGUUUUUUGCUAAAUUUUGUUCAAAGUCUUAAAAGAGCCCCAAUUCCACUAACAAUUAUUUGCUAUAAAGAAACCAUGCUUUCCAGGCGUAUAGGAAAACAGUUUUGUGGGCAUUUCAAAGGAUCAUUUGGGAGGUUUCAAAGUACCCUUGUUGUCGCAGAACACAACAACGAAACUCUGACUCCAAUCACGCAAAACACCAUAACAGCAGCUAAAAAUUUAGGAGGAAAUAUCUCAGUUCUUGUAGCAGGAACUAAAUGUGGACCAGCCGCAGAAGCAUUGUCUAAAACGGACGGAAUUACGAAAGUUUUAGUUGCCGAGAGUGAUAUUUUUAAAGGUUUAACUGUUGAAAAUCUAACGGCGUUAAUUGUAGCGACACAGAAUAAAAACAAAUACACCCAUAUCCUUGCCGGCGCUUCUACUCUGGGCAAAACGGUCAUUCCCAGGGUAGCAGCUAAAUUAGAUGUAUCACCCAUAUCAGAUGUGAUUGGGAUUAAAUCCACAGACACCUUUAUUCGCAGUAUAUAUGCUGGUAAUGCCAUACAAACCAUUCAAGCAAACGACCCCAUAAAAAUCCUAAGUAUUAGAGGAACUAGCUUUGAGCCUGCAACGUUAGGUUCAGGUUCAGCAACCAUAGAAAAAGUACCAGUCGAGGGCUGUGAUACUCAAUUAUCAGAGUUUGUUAGUCAGGAAUUAAGCAAAUCAGAUAGACCAGAACUGACUAGUGCAAAAGUUGUUGUGAGCGGAGGUCGAGGUAUGAAGUCUAGUGAUAAUUUCAAGAUCUUAUUUGAUCUUGCCGAUAAGUUAAAUGCAGCCGUGGGGGCGUCUAGGGCUGCUGUUGAUGCAGGAUAUGCACCAAGUCAUUUCUUAGUGGGUCAAACAGGCUCAAUCAUUGCGCCAGAUUUAUACAUUGCUGUUGGAAUAUCAGGAGCAAUUCAGCAUUUGGCUGGUAUGAAAGACAGCAAAACAAUCGUGGCCAUUAAUAAAGACCCAGAAGCUCCAAUAUUCCAAGUAGCUGAUUAUGGCUUGGUUGAAGAUCUAUUUAAAGCUGUUCCAGAAAUGACAGGCAAAUUGUAAUCAUUAUAUUUUAUUUACAACUGUACAAAUAUUUUUACAACUUUUUAUAAUAAUAUAGCAGACUAUUUUUGUUAUA